CGAAUAUGCAAUAGUUCAAUUAUUCAUGGACCGGUACCUUGGUCGCCUGUGUAUGUGACCAGAGCCAUCAGAGUCGUGGUGGCUAUGUCUUGACCCUUAGACAGACAGAGUAUUCAGGCCUUUUGGGCGUCCAUGUAGCAAUGGGAGCUUUAGAUGCCAUAUCCUGUGUAACCUUAUGGCUAAGAAUAUCUCCAUACCGAAUGUCGAGAAUAGUAAGUGAAUUAAGGUCUCUGAGACAUCGACAUGGACACCAGUUUGGCGACUUCAGACUAUAUAUGAUGAAUAUACUCUUACACUCCACUACAAUCGAUAUCGAUCAAGAGCUUGUGUUCUUUGAGGUUCUUUGUCCUUGCAAACUCUUCAUUUGAUAUAAUAUCAACGAAUCCCUUCAGUAUGCGGAUCACCCAGGGCACCAAAGCUAUCUUCCUCAUUAUCAACCAUUGCGUUGCUGCGCAUACUCCACCGGUAGCAAUUGCACCUCCACACCGUGUCCGUGGCUCACCAUCCAACGUUCCGGUCCUCCGUACCUGGCAGCCACCAGCGCAACUUGAACCGGGCUCACUUACCACCCGUGCUGACGGCAAUACCUGCGAGAAGAAGAAAGCGCGCUGCAAGAAGAACAAAAUCCGCAAUCCACUCGACGACACCAAAUGCAUCCGCUGCCCACCCAAGACCAAGCCAGACAUGACCAAAACGAUCUGCAUCGACGAGAACGAGCAAGAAUGCGACAAGAACGACCGUCAAUGCAAGAUCAAGCGGCGCAUCAAGGAGGUUGCCAAGGAGAAGCUGAAGCAGUUCUGGAGCGACAUCAAGGAGCGCUUCAAGCGCAAGAUGAUCAACAAGAAGCCCAGCUGGGAGCGCAUGAACAUUGAGCGCCAGGACAAGAAGAACCAGAAGAAACUGCGUCGUAUUGCGUCGUGCUUGCCGCUUGUUGCGCUCGCUUUCGGUACCGAUGAGAUGAUUGACCUUGCCGAUGGGGGGUUCUCAGAGGACUAUCUGGACAACCUUGAGCAGAGCGCGUUGGCUAUCUGGCCCAAGGACAUUGAAGACUGGGAGGUCGAGAAGGUAUUCCCGGACGAUGAGAGUGAUAUCAAGUCUGAUGACUACGUCUCGCCGUUCAUGAGCCUCGGCGAUGGAAUCCAGAUGGAUACAGCUCGUAGAUCAGUCAUGGCGCCAACUAUUAAAGAUGCCCACCUCGAUGUUCCCGCAAUCGUUGACGAUUUCGAACCAGUCAUCGACCACGCUGACGUGACUGCUCUCAGUACCACGGAGCAGAAACGACAGAACCCUAUCCUUCUGAUUGUCAUGGCUUUCGAAGCUAUCGCCUCUAUCAUUGUGAACGUUGUAGCGAAAAACGCUGGUAAUCUUGCAAAGAUAGGAGGUAAGUUGGCUGGAAGAAAGCCGAAUGUAGCAAAACCUGGACAGGGAAAGUUCAGCCGGAAAGACCAGGGUGUAAAGGCGGGUGAGGUGGCAAAGUCUAGAAACUGGAAGAAUUGUCUGAGGGGGCAGAAGCCAAAAUAGACGAGUGGGAUUUGGACUGCCUUUGUGGGAUAGUGGUUUGGUUGCUCAGGAGAAUAUGUCUUUUCAUUCUUGGUGGUUAGGGCGUACAAUGUAGUUAGGUCAAUUAUUUG